CUAUUUAUGCUGUGCAUGAACACAGACCCACCUUGUGCAUCGCAUCUUUCUCGUCCACACACGGGUAGAGCUUGAAGAAUCACGCUCCACGCAGAAGGCAGGACUCGUUCAAGACCUCAGUGGAGUGUUCGACGUUGGGGUUCUCUUCCUCGAGCUUCAUUGUCCGUAGCUUCUCGAGGCUCGUUGCUUUGCGAUCUGAGCCGGUGAUAUAUCGGGGGGAGAUUAGGAUGGAGAGGUCUAAGAGCAGCGGUUAUGGCGAGUGUGAUCAGGCCAACCUGAAGGCGACCGAGCUGAGACUAGGGCUUCCCGGGACUCAGGAGGAACUGCCGCUGAAGUUGGAGUCUCCCUCUUUCAACAACAAGAAGAGGGCUUUAGCAGAUGAUGAGGAAUCAGCCUCCAAGGGCAAUCUUGGCGUCCUACAAGAUGGGAGAAGGAGCACCUCUGGCGUCCCUCGUCCUUCAAAGGUGCCGAUAGUGGGGUGGCCGCCGGUUCGGUCGUACCGGAAGAACAUUUAUUUGUCGCCACCAGCGACAAAGAAGGCCGACAUAGCUGAGGGUGGCGCACGGGCUGGCUACGUGAAGGUGAGCAUGGACGGUGCUCCUUACCUCAGGAAGGUGGAUCUCAAGACGUACAAGAGCUACCCGGAGCUCCUGGAAUCUUUGGAAAAUAUGUUCAACAUCCCCAUUGGUGAUUACUCGGACAAAGGGUCUGAUUAUUCGCCUACCUAUGAAGACAAAGAUGGGGAUUGGAUGCUUGUCGGAGAUGUUCCUUGGAAUAUGUUUACGUCCACAUGCAAGCGACUCAGAAUCAUGAGAGGUGGAUCCAGAAGCUAGACAUACACACAUAAGACAGCCAUUGAAGCUUCUGUUGAUUUCUUCCAAGGUUCUGUUCCGAUGACGCGCGGAGAAGGCGCUAAUAACCAGAUGAAACCAGAAGAGUCUCGGCGAGAUCUGAAGCUGCAUGCAAUGGUUUCAGUCCACUUCGGCUUUUACAGAUUUUUUUUUUUUUAAACCAAGACAUGUGUACAAGCUCUUGAGAUUUGCAAACUGUACAAAAAUAGGGUACAGACACACAGAUCUAGCCAGAUUUCUUGUUGAUUCUUCUCAAUGAAAGGAAAAAAAAAAGCACUUUUUU